AGUGUAUUCCGUAAAAAAUUGAAAAAUGUUGCCCCGUAUUCUUCGAACAUCCGUCGCCGCCGCGCGCCGAUUGUCGACGAGGACGGCGGUGGUGGCGUCUCCUGCGCAGGAUACGCUUUCAGAAGAGGGGAAAUAUGCCUCCGGGAAUAAUAACUCUACCUCCGGUACCGGCGGAGACACGCUGGGGCGGCGGCUUUUCGCUCUGGUGUACAAGAAGCGGAGCGCCGUCGUCGCCGUACGGAAGUGGAAGGAGGAGGGGCACGUCGUACGGAAGUACGAGCUCAAUCGCAUCGUCCGCGAGCUCCGGAAGCUUAAGCGCUACAAACACGCUCUCGAGAUUUGUGAAUGGAUGAUGACUCAGGAAGAUAUGAAGCUAGUGUCUGGGGAUUAUGCUGUGCACCUGGAUUUAAUUGCUAAAAUCCGGGGUUUAGAUAGUGCAGAGAAGUUCUUUCUUGAUCUCCCCGAAAAAACGAGAGACUCCGCAACUUGCAGCGCCCUUCUCCACACCUAUGUCCGUCACAACGAGUCCGGAAAGGCCGAAGCUCUGAUGGAGAAGAUGUCCGACUGUGGUUUCCUGACAAGCCCUCUUCCUUACAACCACAUGCUGUCUAUAUAUGUCUCCACGGGGCAGUUGACUAAGGUUCCGGAAAUGAUUAAGAGGCUGAAGAAGACAACUUCCCCAGAUGUCGUCACGUACAAUCUGUGGCUGUCUGCAUGCGCAUCUCAAAAUUUCGUCGAAAGUGCUGAAAAGGUGUUUCUGGAAUUAACCAAGGCUAAAAUAGAACCCGAUUGGGUCACGUACAGCACAUUGACCAGCAUGUACAUCAAGAAUUCGUUGAAGGAAAAAGCGGAGUCUUCUUUGAAGGAGAUGGAGAAGAGGGUCUCUAAGAAAGUUCGAGUGGCUUAUUCAUCUCUGUUGAGUUUGCACACUGCUAUGGAAAAUAAGAACGAGAUUCGACGGAUAUGGAAGAAGAUGAAGUCCACUUAUCGAAAAAUGAGCGAUGCUGAGUACACUUGCAUGAUUUCUUGCUUACUCAAACUCAAGGAAGUCGACGAAGCUGAGAAGCUGUAUAACGAAUGGGAGUCUAUUUCUCCGACUAAAGAUACUAGGGUUCCGAAUUUGCUUCUCUCUUCUUACAUCAGUAAUAACGGAAUGGAUAAGGCUGAGGCUUUUUAUAAUCGGAUGGUGGAGAAUGAUUUAGUACCAGGGUAUACCACGUGGGAGCUUCUUACAUGGGGUUAUUUGAAACAAAGGGAUUUGGAUAGGGUUCUCGAUUGUUUUAAGAAAGCUAUUAGUAGUGUAAGAAAAUGGGAUCCCGACGAAAAGCUGGUGCAUGAAGUGUUUACGCUUGUCGAAGAGUUGGGCAAUGUUGAGGUAGCUGAAGAGUUGGUUGUGAUUCUUCGGGGGGUUGGGUAUGUAAACACGGAGACGUAUAAGUAUCUUAUACGUACUUACGCAAAAGCUGGUAAGAUGCCACUUAUUGUCGAGGAGAGGAUGAAGAAGGAUAAUGUGGCGAUGGACGAGGAAAUCAAGAAACUCGUUUUGCAAACGAGUAAAAUGUGUAUCGGUGAAAUUCCAAGUGGUAUUUAGAAGCAAAAUCGAUGAUCGGUUUCUUGAAAAUGAUUUUGUUUUUUAAAUAUCACAACGGUAGUGUAUGAUUUUGUUUCUGAAUAUUACUAUUUACAACUUUUUUGUUUGUGAGUUUUGAAUAUUACAGCCUUGGUGAGUUUUGUUAUAAACAAUGGUGAAAUAGAAUGUUUUAGCAGGUGAGGCAA